AUGUCAAAGUCCUCUUCGCAAGUAAAGAUUGCUUCAUUUUCGGAGGAACCGGUUGCGUGUGUGGGCUCUUUUUUCAAUGGUUUGGCCGUGCCGCCAAGGACUAAAUUUGACAUUUACCAACACAACAAGAACAGAGACUUUCUCCUACACGGCGAAAGCGACACUUUGGACUACAACGGUCAAUCGAGCAACGAAAACGAAUACGUCGUUGCUGUUUACGAUCCCAACAAAAAAUUAGUCGAGUUGUAUAAAGCACCCUACAUUGCUACAAAAGUGACCUCGAAAAAGAAUCGAGUCUACAAAGGUCCCGCUGUGAAAUCCACCGGGUUGAAAAACGUGGCCCAGAGGAAAGCGUUGGGCGAAGCGUUCGGUACCAAAAAGGCCAAGGCUGCGCUUUCCAAUUUGGAAAAGAACAGAAUCGACUCUGAGAAACUACAGGAUGUCGAAUUGGAUAUCGUGGAUUCGGUACAAGCAGCAACGAAAGAUAUCCCCGGGCUGCAACUGCAAUUGCAAUCGCAACAACAACUGCAUCUGCAACAACUGCAGCAACAACAGGCUGAGUCUUCCCACAUGGGACCUGCACCAAAGCCAAAUGCCAGCGCUACGAACGUGGCUGACAUUUACCCCAUUGACGAAGUCAUCCCACGCAAGGCACUUCCAUACAUCCGUGUCGAUCCACUACUCACUGCAUCUGACCCUUUGAACCUCCUACCUGCUGCACCGGAAGUGCUCAAGUCGGCGCUUACGAGAUUGAUAGAACUGAAAAACACCGAAAAGUUGCAGUGGCUCUACUAUGCGUCGCUUUUAUUUGGUGUUUACGAAAACAGGAGAGUGUCCCAGAAAGAAGCGCUCAUGACUAGGUUACAAAACAAGCCUUCUGAGGCGUUAGUGGAUGGGAUCUUGGACCAGUUUGCCAUUUCUCGUUCCUCGAAAUUUGGAAGAGCAAAGGAAAAGGCAUUUACUAUUGACCCGCAAAAUGAAGAUAAGUUGUUGUGUUACUUGUUCAUCAUUUUGCUUCACUUGUCCAACUUCAGUGUCGAAUUGAACCCCUUGGCAAAGGAUUUGAAAUUGAAACCCACGAGAUUGGUUGGUUUAUUCAGGUCCCUCGGCGCCACGAUUAAAAGUGCCACCGUGCGCGAGGCUGAGGCCUUGGGUAUACCAAAAAGUCAGGCUGGUACUUACAAGAUUGCCAAUUUGAAAGUGCCUUUCAAAAUGCCGGAGUUGACAAGGAGAGGUGCUCGAAGGUAA